CAUAAUACGUCGACGGCACAGCGAUUGGUUCCCCAUCCACCCUGCCCCUAAGUUUUUCUCUCAUUGCUGCUCCUUUUAUGAACACAUUUCUAAUACUGGUUUCCUUUGCAUACAGCUUUCAGUUUAGCUUAAAGGUGUGUGGGUGUGUCGCUUUAACCAAGUGCUUUAAAAAAAUAAUAAUUAUGACUACAGUUUAAAUUACAAAAUAACAUGGCUGUUUGGACACGGGCUGAUAAGAAUGGACUUCUGGAACUUUUGCUCCGGGACCGCUGGAUUCGAGUAUUGGCAGAACUCACCCGGGAAACACUCACCCUCACAGCUGAUGCUGAACCAGGGCAUGCAGGUGAUAUGGAAUAUAAUAUUAGCCAUCCGCCAGGGGCGUGGAAUGGGGUGACAAACGGAACCGAACCAGGGACCGCAGCAGGCAACUCAAACCGAUCCUACAACCAGCAUCUGAAUCACAGUGCGCUUAGGCGAACUGGGAGCCCUGGCAGUGGUGGGUCAAACCGAGGUCAAACUGAUACCAGCUCCGGGCUCAACAGCCCUGGUUCGGGUCGGGUACCCCAUGACAACGGGACGGUUUCUGACUUCGGUAGCCCUGGCUCCAGUUAUGGUAGCCCUGGCUCUAGUUUUAGUAGCGCAGGACCGGUGAGGUCUGGGGAAACUAAUAUUGCUUUAGAAAGCGGUAGUUCUGAGAUGGUAAGAAAAGUUCGAGUAUUGAAACAGGAGUCUGGUGGGCUUGGUAUCAGUAUCAAAGGAGGACAGGAGAACCGUAUGCCUAUCCUGAUUUCCAAGAUUUUCCCAGGACUCGCCGCGGACCACAGUCGGGCUCUUCGGGUCGGUGAUGCCAUUCUAUCUGUCAACGGCAACGACCUCCGUGAAGCAACUCACGUUCUAUCUGUCAACGGCAACGACCUCCGUGAAGCAACUCACGAUCAGGCGGUCCAGGCACUGAAAAAGGCCGGUAAAGAGGUUACACUCGAAGUUAAAUACAUUAAAGAAGUCAGCCCUCUGUUUAAGAAGCCCUCUUUGGUGGCGGACCUGCCCUGGGAUGGCGUGCGCCCUCAGUCCCCCAGCCUGAGUGGCAGCGAGGACUCGGGGUCCCCAAAACACAGGGGCACCAGGGACAAGAAGGUGAUCUCCCUGAAGAUGUGUUACAUCAGCCGCAACCUCACCAUACCAGACCUUGAGAGCAGGCUGAUUGAGCUGCACUCUCCUGACGGCAGGAACACGGUGGUCCUGAGGUGUAAAGACUCAGCCGCAGCACACUCCUGGUUCACAGCGAUCCACACCAACAUCGCAGCGCUGCUCCCACACGUCCUGGCUGAGCUCAACUCCAUGCUGGGCUCCAGCAACGCCAGCAGCAACAGGGAGGUCCGGCACGUCGGGUGGCUUGCUGAACAGAUAAAGCUGGAUGGAGGCCGCCACCAGUACAGGCCUGUUGUCAUGGCCCUGACGGAGAAGGAUAUACUGCUGUACGACAGCAUGCCCUGGACAAGAGAGGCCUGGGCAUCGCCAAGCCUGAGUCACCCGCUACUUGCUACACGACUGGUUCACUCUGGUUCUGCGCGAAGCUCGCCAGCACUUGGCUCAGAACUCGCCUUCGCCACCAGGACGGGCACCAGGCAGGGCAUCGAGGGGCACCUCUUCCGCACCGAGACCCACUGGGACCUGUCCACCUGGACUAGAAUGAUGGUCCAGGGCUGCCACAGUGCUGUAGAGCUCAUCAAGGAGGUCUCAAUGGCUUGCACACUGAAUGAACAGGAUGUCCGGUUGACAGUUCAUUAUGAGAAUGGAUUCACAAUCGCAAAGGAAGGGGCUGGACCUGGCAGCGGCAGCACUGUCCUCUACCGCUACCCCUUUGAAAAGUUAAAGAUGUCAGGAGAUGAUGGGAUCAGAAAUCUUUACCUGGACUUUGGGGGCCCUGAAGGAGAAAUGGCUCUGGAUCUUCAAUCUUGUCCAAAACCAGUUGUCUUUGUUGUACAUUCUUUUCUUUCUGCCAAAGUCACAAGGAUGGGACUGCUGGUUUGAGGGGUGACGAUAGCAACUGAUAAGUUGAUGGGAGUUUUUAAAUAUCUUUUUCUAAAACAAAAAAAGCACAAUAGUUCUGCAUUGGCAGAAGAUAGAAGUGAAAUCUGGAGCUUCUCCACCAUUGCAUGGAAUACUGAAAGAUCUGCAGCCACCCAUUGCAGAGAGUCCUUUCCCUGCUCACAUGUGUCCUUUACUGUGGGGAUCUUUCACCGCCCUGUGGGGGCACACUGUUCUCCUCUCCAAUAAACCCCUUCAAGGGUUAGGACACUCAGGCACUGCAUCAAGAAACUAAAGGGACUUGCUACACUUUGAAGAAUUGCUACUAUGGUAUUUCCAGCUGCUGGAUAUAAAAAAAAAAACACACACACACACACACACACAGCUGGUACCAACAUGUCAAAAGCAAAGUUACUUUGAAUAUACAGUCUAGUAUUAUGUUUGUAAGUUUUGAUUGCAACAAAUUUCAAUUUAUGCAUGCAUACAUUAUUGCAUUACUUUUACAUUAAAAUAUAAUUUUC